CACACACACACUCUCUCUCUCUCUCUCUCUCUCUCUGUCACACACACUCUCUCUCUCUCUCUCUCUCUCUCUCUGUCACACACUCUCUCUCUCUCUCUCUCUCUCUCUCUCUCUCACACUCAUAUAAAGCUGUACUCCCAGAGCGCGCGCACUGAGAGAAUGAAGAUGAGCGCGUGCGACACGCCGCCGCGGGCAGCCAUGAGACUCCGCAUGUUCUUCGUUGUGUCCUUCGCCUGGGCGUACCACGAAACCCCCAGGUACCAGCAUCAUGACCCCGUGACCUCUGAGCUCCUGCUGUGUGAUCAGUGUCCCCCUGGUACAGCGGUGGAACGUCACUGCACGUCAGACUCGGCUACCGUAUGCGCUCCGUGUCCCGAGUGGCGCUUUGCUGAGCAGUGGCACUGGGGCGAGAGCUGCCGACACUGCACUCCCGUCUGCAAGGAGAGACAGUUCAUCAAGAGGGAGUGUAACACCACACACAACCGUCUGUGCGAGUGUGUCCCGGGAUACCACCUCUCUGUGGAGUUCUGCGUCCCACACAGCGCCUGUCCACCGGGAUCCGGAGUCUCCGUACUCGGCACUCCUGUCAGUGACACGGUGUGUGAGAAGUGUCCACAGGGCUUUUUCUCCAGCAAGGCGUCGGCCACUGAGCCCUGUGUCCCUCACCAAGACUGCUCACAGCUGGGCAUGAAGACACAGAACCCUGGCACUGCCACCCAGGACACUGUGUGUGACCGAGAACCCGCCAUCGACUGCACUCACAAACACACCAACUGCCACGCUGACAUCACCUUGUGUGAGGAGGCCAUGUUCCAGUUCCUGUUAUCUCCUCCUCUUGCCUCUGUGGAUCUCCUGUUGGAGAGCCUUCCUGGCCGUAAAGUGGACAAGAAGAAUGUGGAGCCUCUGAAGAAGAAGUGCAGCCCCGAGCAGCAGGCUCUGCAUCUCCUGCGGCUUUGGAGAGAGCAGAACAAAGACCAAGGGAAGCUCUACAGCAUCAUCCAAGGUUUGAACCACUGUGAGAGGAAGGUGUCUCGCUGUGCUGGUCUGAAGAACGUGACGCUGGAGGACCUGCUGGUGCUGAUGGACAGUCUGCCCGGUGAGAAGGUGAGUGAGGAGGCAGUCCGGGCGCUGGCGCUUUCCUGCCCCACACACCGCCACGUGGCACAGUUACUGCACGUCUGGAAGAGCCAGAACGCCGGCCGAGACCUGGCCAAAGCCCUGAGUCACAGCGUGCGACAGCUACGCUCUCGGAACGCACCAAAGACGCUCCUGCGCGCAAUCAAGCGCAUCAGCCGUGUCAUUAACGCCUCCGCGCACCGACCGUACGACAAGAUCCUCACCGCUGAGCUCCGAGACGCCUCGUGCUUCAAACCCAAACCGUACAAUGACUGAAAACCUGGAGGUGGUAUGACACAAGGCCACGCCUGAAGGUCACACGAAGGACAGACAAACAGAAGACUUAUUUAACUGAGUUGUACAUAAUCUUUAGGCAGAAACUGCGAUGACGUCGUGGGGCGGGUGGGAUUGGAUUUGGGAGUUUACGUUACACUACAUGGUGAUGAGAGAAGAAAAUAUUUUUGUGGCCUGUUUUUUUCCCUUUUCUGUUGUUGUUUGUUGUUGUUUGUUGGACUGCUUUUACUGAAGCUGUAAAAAAUAAGGAAUGUCAGUUCUGAAUGUACAGUAAAAAUAGGGUGCAAUUACGUUUUAUUAUUUAAUUGUAAUCGUGUGUGUUCAGGUUUGUGUGUUUCCCAAAUUUGCUUCAAAUGUUUCUAUUUAUCAAUAUUUGUCAGAAAAACUGGACUCUUGAAGCAACAUUUAUGUAUUUUAGAUGCAAGAUGUCAUUUUUUUUACAUUUUAUAUAUAUAUAUAUAUAUAUAAAUAUUUGUGCCUUUUUUGUUUUCUACAUGAAUUGUUUUUACUUGGUAUUAAUGGUUUUUAACAGUGCGGUUGUUUGAAUUUCAAAUAUCAUAUCCGAGUGCCACUAUUCCUCCAGCCUGACUUAAAUAUACAGUUGUGUUUCCAAA